AUGGGUUUAGGCGUUGGAACUCAACUUAUCAAAGUUGUUUUGUUCAUUUUCAACUUUUUGUGGUUUUUAUUCGGCAUUGUAAUGGUGAUAGCUGGUGCAUUCAUUUACACCCAAUCUGGAAAGUACAUUGAAACAUUGAAGAAUAUCGAAGUUCCUCAAUUCGCAAUUUUCCUCAUGAUCGUUGGAUUUGUCACCAUAAUAAUUUCAUUUUGUGGAUGCUGUGGAGCCAUUCAAGAGUCGCAAUGUCUCAGUCUUACAUAUUCUGCACUGUUGUUCCUGAUUAUAAUUGUGCAAGUAACAGUUGCCGUUUUAAUUUUUGUCAAUUUGCAAGAAGAUAAAAUCAAAGAACCCAUCAACAAAUCGAUAGAAAAAGUUUUCAAUGACAAGACAUUCAAAGCGGAAGUCGAUGCAUUACAGGCAAAUCUUAAAUGUUGUGGAAGUACAGGACCCGAUUUUUGGACAGAUAUUCCAGAUUCUUGUUGCAAAGCAGACAAACCUUGCAAAACAGAAGGGUACUUUGAGGAAGGAUGCACACAAAAGUUGGUGGAUUUUCUUCUCGAGUACAAGAAUAUUUUGGCUUACAUUGCGUUGGGAUUUGCCGUUGUCGAAUUGAUUGCUUUGAUUUUCUCGUGCGUUUUAGUUAAAAAUAUGGAUUAA